GCAAGAUGUGGGUUGCAGAGGGGCCAGCCCCCGCUCAGUGGCACCUGCGGGAUGGGGCCCACGCUGGACACUUCCUGGCCACAGCCGACCACCUCCGCACCGCAGGACAGCUGGUGGAUGUGGCCGUGGGCCCAGAGGUUCAGCGCCUGGCCCUGAGCUGCUCCUGUGACUUCUUCCGGGCCCUCUUCACUUGCCCCAUGCGGGAGGCCACCCAUGACCCCGCCGCCCCACUGGCCACAGGGCUGUCCCCGGCCGAGCUGCGCCUCCUCCUCUCCUUUGCCUACACAGGGAGGGCGUGGCCCGCGGUCCUGGAGGCAGCUGAGACCUCCCUGCGCUACCAGGCCUGGGGGCUGCUCACCCUCUGCCUGGAUGUUUUCACCCAUGGCCUGACCCCAGAAACUGGCCUGGACGUGCUGGCCUUUGCUGUGACUUACGGGCUGGCCCAGGUGGGCCGUGUAGCAGAGGACUACAUCUUGGCCACCUUCCCCAGUGUGGUGGCCACACAGGCCUUCCUGGAUCUUCCUGCUCACCUUCUCAUCCGCCUCCUCCGCUCUGACGGUCUCAAUGUCCUCCACGAACUGGAGGCCUUGGAAGCAGCAUCCCGGUGGCUAAUGGCUAAUAGAGAUGACCAAGAAGAUCUAGCCAAAGAAGUCCUGUCAUCUGUUCGCUUUGCCCUCAUGUCUGGCCAGGAGCUGAAGAAGGUCCCAUCAGUGACUGCAGGGGUAGCUGACCCAAAGGUCCUCCACGAGCUUGUGGUAGCAAGUUUGUCCCCCAUGGCCCAGCUGCCAUGCCGAGUGCGCUCCUUGCAAGAGGUGCUGGUGGUUUGUGGUGGAGACAAACUGACGACCAACAUGGCUGCCCGGAAGCCCAGCAGACACCUCUGGUUUGCCCACCGCUAUCUCAGUGCUGUGGGGCUGGUGAAGCAGGUGGAGUGGCGGGCACUGGGACAUUUUCCUGAUGGCCCACGCUUCCGCCAUGCUGUAGCUGUGGUGGGCAACAUCCUCUACGUCCUGGGUGGAAAGCGCUACUAUGGGGUCCGUGACACCCUGGCCAGUGUCUACAGGUAUCAGCCUAUGGAUGAUUCCUGGGAGCGCCUGGCCAGCAUGACCUGUGGGCGGAGCUAUUUCGCAGCUGCGGCACUCGGGGAUUUCAUCUAUGCCCUGGGGGGCAGCUCGGGUGACCUCUACUGUACAGACACCGUGGAGUGCUAUGACCUGGCCAAUGACACCUGGAGGAGGUGCCAGCCCCUGCCGAUGGCUCUGUGUGGGCAUGCGGCGUCUGCCCUGGAUGGUGCCCUCUACGUGUCAGGGGGGUGUGAUGAGGCAUUCCAGUGCCAGACGUCCUUGCUGCGCUACAUGCCGGGUGCGCCUGCCACAGUCCUGGCCCCCAUGAAUGGCCAGCGAGCUGGACACAUCAUGGAGGAGGCAGGUGGGCAGCUCUAUGUGGCUGGUGGUCUGUGCCAGCGGGAUGGGCAGACUGGCUACAGGGACCAGCUAGCCUUUGAGGUCUACAGCCCCAAGCUGGACAUCUGGGUCCUCCUCAGCCCCCUGCCCCAUGCCCAUGUAGUUGGGGGUGCAGCUGUGCUCGGGGGGGAACUGCUCGUACUGGGAGGGUACAGUCAUGAGACCUACCGUGACACCCACUUGAUCCAUGCCUACCAGCCAGGCACUCGGCGCUGGAUCACCCGGGGCACCUUGCCCCAUGCCUAUACUGAUCUCCAAGCCUGUGUCCUCACUGUACCCCCUGCCUUGCGUGGCCCCGCCUACCCUGAGGAUCCUUCAAGAUCACCUGACACUCCCAAUAAUACUUAG